AUGAUAUCAAAGUAACAAAAUUUAAAAAGCAGAAAAUUAUAGUUAUUUGAUUUCGAGGUAAAAGAAAUUAUUGAAUCAUCAACAAAAAGAUAUUAAAUGGGAUUCUCAUAUGAACUCAUUCCAAGAGCUGAAGAUUAUUUUAAGCCUUAUUUAGAAUAAAAGGAUGAUGAUUUAUAUUCCUUUCAAUUAAAGAGAGAUCCGAAUAUUCAAAAUUAAGGCUAAAUUAAUAAGUAAAUGAAAUAAUUUAUUCCCUUGGAGUAUGUUGAUGGUAAAUUCCUCAAUGAAUUAGAGAAAAUUUCUUCUGAGACAUUUAUAGAGAUUUUCUUUCAAUUAACAAAAGCAUUAUUUGAAUUACAUAAAAAAAAUAUUUUAGCUCGAUGCAUAUCAUCGAAAAAUAUUUUCCUUAAUCAGUUUUAAAUAAAGAUUUAUUUACUUGAGUUUGGCUUCUAUCCUGAAUAUUAAUUUGAGAAUUAAUAUAAACCAGAAUACGAUGUAAUAUUAUUAAUUAGGAUUAUGAAUGAAUUAAAUUAAAUACCAAAGAGUAAUGAAACUAAAAAAAUUGGUUAGCUAAUGACAAAAAUAAAAGCACUAGAAGGCUCAUUAUCUAAUUUAGAUACAAUUUAAAUUUAUCAUAGAUUAUAUGAAUUGGUUGAAGGUGGACCUACAUUAAAAGAAAUUAAAGAAUUAUACACAAACGAGUGGGUAAAUAUAAUGAAUCUAAAAAUACACUUAACAGAUUUCUAGAGUUUAAUAAAAGUUAAUAUGAUUGAUUCAGAUAAAGAAGAGGAAUAGAUAGAGUAAGAAGAAGAGAUAGAGGAAUUAGAACCACCCUAGUAUUAUAUUUAAUCUAAAAAGUUCUAUGAAUCGUUUUGAGUUUGUAAAGAAGGCUUUGGAGAUUUUUGAAAACAAUUUUUCCUAAGAAAUAUCUCAAAUUGGAUUAAUGUUGACUCUUUUAAAUUAUUUGAUAGAACAAAUGUAAAUUAAGAAUCAAUAGGGGCUAGUAGAUGAGAUUUGUUAAAGAUAAAUAUAAAUAUUAGAUAAAAUGAAAAUAGAGAUGGCUGAUGAACAAUUAUAACCUUUUAUUGAACCUUAAACAUUAAAAAUCAUAAGCCUAAAGGAUUUCUUAAAAUUAUAUCGAAUAAAAACAUAUGAAACAUAUAAGAGAUUGUUUAGGAAUAAACAAAAUUUUGAAAAUUAAUAAAAAUAAGACUAAUUAAAGUUUUUGAAAAUAUAAUUUAUGAUGGUGGCAACACUUAAGAUUAAUUCAUCAGAUUUUAAUGAAGAGGAGUUCUCAAACUUAUUUAAUACUAAAGUAAAAAAGGAUAUUUAAAAUAAGAUUGAUGAAAUAUUAAACUCGUUUUACAGGAAUAAAGUAAAAGCUUGA